CCGCUGGCACAGAUGUAUCUUGAACGCAGGAGGAGGUGGAUGUAAGGGGCCUGUUGGGAAUUCAAACAUUUUAUCAGCGGACAUUUAGUUCAAUAUUAGCUGAAAGGUCUUUGGUUGGAAUUCGAAUUCAAGCUACCGGGCGCACAAUGGACGCCAUUACAGUUGGAAAUAUCGAAAUGGCGGCAACUUCGAAUGAUUGAACUAUCGUGUUCACGGCGUGUCACGUGGUUUAAAUCCGGCUGAACCGUCAUCUCGGGAGAAUGGCUGCUCCGGUAAAAAAACGUGAUAUUCAACGAAGUACGGAAGACAGGAGUAGCGACGACGAUGAUCAGAGUUCAUUAAAUAGCGAGGAUAACGAACGGGAUGCGGUAGAAGAACAGGGAAUGGAAAUUCAAGUGGACUUUGAAGGAAGAAGUCCGUUAGACCCGGAUUAUCAUGGAAUUAAGACCCUUCUGCAACAACUGUUCUUGAAGGCGCAUAUCGAUUUAGGUGGUCUCACAGACUUGAUUAUUUCCCAAAAUUAUGUAGGUUCGGUCGUCAAACAGUCUGAAGAUUUAGAAAAUUCAGACGACGAAGAUAGCGAUAUCAACGAUGUGUUUGGUGUUACUACGGUAAUUAAUUUAUCCAGCGGACAGAACUAUAUCUGUGUACAACAGCUCAGAGAAUUGUUAAAACAAUUGGCAAACGAACACGCACCGGAUGCGACUAAUUCAAUGAUAAAACAUGCCCUUGAGAACGAUUCGGAAGCUUUAGGCUUAUUAAUUAACGAAAGAUUUGUUAACAUUCCAGCACAAAUAUCUGUGCCCCUUUUGGAAAACUUAACGUCUGAGAUAAAGCGGGCGAACAAUAAAAGGAUGCCAUUUAACUUUUCUUACUACGUGUUAAUUUGCAAAUUGUACAAAACCGAGGACCAAAAAAUUGAAAAGAAACUGAAGAACAAAAAGAAGAAUAAUUCGGAAGAGCCAGCCAUUCUAUGGAGUAACCCGGAGGAAGAGAUUUUUGCUGAGGAGGCUACGUUUAGUUUUGAAUUUUCUGUCGAAAAGGACUCUGACAGUGGUUUGUCUGGAACGUGGACAGAAACAGAUAACGAGAUGGUACCCUAUAGGAGGGUUCUUUUGUUCGAAGCGACAAAGUUACAACAAAUUAUCGACAAAAUAAAAGUACAUGUUUCUUUUCUAUAAAAUAAACAAAACCAGCGGGAAAAAGCUAAUGAUAAAUUCGUCUCGUAUUCCUAAAAAAAAAAAACUCCUUCCUUCGAUGUACCGAAGGAAGGUACACGCUUGACAGAGGUAACUUCUUCGAUAUCUUUUGUACAAUAAACAGUAUUGUGUGUAUACAAUACAUGUAAUCAGCUUUUUAUAA